UCCGCUUCCUGUUGACAAGGGGGCGGAGCGGGGGUUCUGUGAUCGGGCCCGGAGAGGGCUGCUCGACUGCCGAGCUCCGUGACGGUACCGUGUUUACAACGCUAUGUGUGACGGCUUUGAUAGAGCCCCGGGAGGCGGCAGAGGCAGAGGUCGCGGCGUAGGGACAGGCAGAGGACGCGGGCGAGAAGGCGACACACCGCCCGCCUUCCGGGGCCAGAACAACGGAGUGGAAUCCAUCACCUCAGCGCAGAGGGCGGGAGGACCCCAGCAACAAGAGCCGCUACGGCCGCCCCUCAGCAUUCCUCCCCUGGGAAGCAUCUCUGCUGCAGCCCAAAUAAAUCAGAAAAAGGUUCAGAUAUCUGUAGAGACCAGCCACAUGGCCGUGUAUAAGGGUCAGCCUCCAGAUUCCAGCACCGUGAACUCCAAACUGUCUGCAAAUGCAGCCGAGUUUUAUCCCUCCGGAUAUUUUGCAGAUGGCAAUUCCUAUGAGGAGAAUAAUGUGGGAGAUCCGGCUGUCCUAAACAUCACGUUGGCAAGCUAUGUCCAGGACAUACUCAACCAUUUAACUGAAGAGCCGGGUAGCUUUGAGGCUGAGAUUGGCCAGUUUACAGAUGUCCUGAAUGGCUGGGUCACCACAGAAGAAUCCUUGAAGGAGCUCGUGGAACUUAUCUAUGGGCAGGCAACUUCAGUCCCCAAUUUCUCCUAUACUGGGGCGCGAUUGUGUAAUCACUUGACAAGUAAUCUUCAGAUAAACUCUCAGAACUGGAAUUUCAGGCACUUGCUCCUUAAGAGGUGUCAGACAGAAUUUGAAAAAAGACAUCAGGCAGCAAAAGAAAAUGAAGCCACAAGAAAGCGCUUUCAUGCCUUUGUAUUGUUCUUGGGUGAACUUUAUCUUAACCUGGAGAUAAAAGGUGCAAAGGGCCAAGUGACUCGAGCCGAGAUCCUGCAGAGCGGCCUCAAGGAGCUGCUGGAUGCUUUAUUCUCCAAUCCAGUAGAUGAUAAUCUCAUCUGUGCUGUAAAACUACUGAAGUUAACUGGAUCUGUUCUAGAAGAUGCAUGGAAAGAGAAGGGCACUUAUCACAUGGAUGACGUGAUCCAGAGAAUGAAGAACGUGGUUCUGGAUUCAGACCGUAGCAGAGACGUAAGACAGAUGCUGCUGAAAGUAGUAGAACUUCGAUCCAGUAAUUGGGGGAGGGUUCAUUCUACUUGGACUUUCAAGGAAGCCACCCCUGAAAAUGACCCCAAUUACUUCAUGAAUGAGCCCACCUUUUACACCUCUGAGGGUAUUCCCUUCACUGCUGCAGACCCAGAGUAUCAAGAAAAGUACCAGGAGAUGCUGGACAGAGAAGACUUUUUCUGUGAAGACACUGGGACAGACUUGUCCGCUUCUGGAGAUGCGUUCCUCGAUGAUUUUGGCGAUGAUGAAAUGGACCCUGAGAUGCAAGAAGCUUAUGAAAAGUUCUGCUUGGAGUCAGAACACAAGCGAACUAAGUGAAUACAUGGACAUGGUUCAGUACGCUGUUUAGCACACGGGGCAGACGUAUCAUUCUUGCACCAAUAUUAUUACGUUCAAGAUUAUCUCAGAUCUAGAAAUUUAUGCAAACUCUUUUGUUUAAGUGAAUGCCAAAAAAUGUGUACGCGGAUACCCAGUAAGUUAUAUCGACAUUUGUGUAAAUAUUCUAGUUUCAUUUCUGUUCAGUUAAAGGAACAGUGGUUUUUUUGUUUUCUUUUUGGCUGCAUUAAAAAAGAAAAAGGAAAAAAUAUCCAAUCUAACGGCACAUUGUUGUGAUAAAACCGUUCCUAACUCGGUAGGCCCAUCCUUUAACCUGAAGGAUGUAGUAGGUCGUCUGGCCAGGUAAUGUGCAUGGCUUUUUUGUGGGUUAGAGCCUAUUAAAACAAAUCCCAGUAUUCCUCAAUGAACCCCCAGCUCAGCCUGACUAAUUUAUUUCUUGAAGGUUUUCAGCGAUGUUUUUCUGUACUUGACAUAGAAACUUGACAAAUAAAAAGCAAUUUAUUUUACCAUAAUUACUCUGUACGUUAAGGAUGUUCAUCCACUUGUGCUCUGUGUUCACCGUAGGGGGGGAAAUCUGAUAGCCAAGAGAUGGUAGAAAGGGUUGGGGCGAUGUAAGUAGUCUAUUAAAGGGAAAUUUUAAUCUUCUUUUUUUUUUCUAUGUCGUAUAGAGCCGCACCACUACUGAAAUAUACAAUUCCAGGCAGGCACAAAUCCACAUGCAGCUUUUCUUGCAGUUGGAACGUGUAAGGGGUCGUGCUCCUUUUGAGAACCUUGUGUUGGUACUUCAUGGUACAAUCACAGAAACUUUUGGAACAGGAUUUUAUAUUUUUUUUUUUAUCCUUUUCAGUGUAAUAUCUGGUUGUUGCGGCUCCAAAAAUGCAGAAAGACGAAAAUACUGAUGAUUGGUUUGUUAGCGUUUGGAGUCAGAAAUAAGCCUGUCGGUAGCUGUCCCAGGAGAAUGCCAUUUCUAGGUUUAUAGCAAGCCACAUGCUCUUAGCAUUCAUUACCUUUAAAAACCCUUUGCCAUAGACCCUGUUAAGUAUUUCUGAGUUAGUUGAUGGGUGUCCUCUCUGGAGGAUCCUCAUACUUUACCCACAGGGUGAACACCUCUCACUCUGGAGGUCCUGUCCUGCUUUACAUAGAUAAUCCACUGGUAUGAAUGGACAGUGGUGUAAUGCUUCAUUCCUACCAUGGGGAGGGAAACGAAACACUUCCAGGUUACCCCACAGAUUACAGCUGAUCCUCGGGAUGCCAAAAACAGGACACUUUGUGAUCAAAUUGCUGUCAGGGGACCUGUUUAACAAGUAAGGAUUGUCCAAGGCAGAGAACCCCAUUAAUGUUCACUUAUGGGUAGGAGCUAAUUUAUUAAUGGGUUAACGCUACUCUUAUGGCAUAGAAAAGCGACAAAUUGUGGCGCUUGCCAUACUUGCGCCUUCUUUUGCAACUUGGCAAAUGGCAAAAAAAAAAGUUGGUGGGGUU